GUAGUCUCCUUGACUUUAAAAAGAGUUAAGCACAAAGUUCGCCCACUCACACUCAGAGUGACUAAAUAUAUGAAAGGAAACUCUCUUGUGUAACUUCAUCCCUCAAUUUAAUCAUUAGAACCUCUCCCACUCUUCUUGCUCAAAACAAAGAAGCAGUGUACGUAAAUAUGCUUCUGCAACAAGUUCAUGUAUCAAAUUCAAGGCCAAAUGGUUUCAUCUUGCACAAGCCAUGCUUGAUCCAGAGUAAUUACCACCCAUCUUUUCAGGUUUUGUCAAGGCCUUCUUCCUUGGCAAACCAAAAGAAGCAAAAAAGGUUGGUUAGGCAUCAUGGCUGCAGUAAAAUCAAAGCUGUGGCUGUGAGUACCGAAAUUGAACUGAAAUCAACUACGGUUAAAGCCACCGUAACUGUUCAGCCUACGGUUGGUGGGUUUUUCUCAGAACUUGGUUUAGACCGAGGGUUGGAUGAUUUAACAGAUUUACUUGGUAAAUCACUUCUCUUGGAGCUUGUUAGCGUCUCGCUAGAUCCCAAAACAACACAAGAGAAGGAAAAUAUCAAAGGCUACGUCCACAAGACGCAUCAAUCAGCACAAGAGGUUAAGUAUGAGGCUGAAUUUGAAGUACCAGAAAGCUUUGGGGAGAUUGGUGCCAUUCUUGUGGAAAAUGAGCAUCACAAGGAGAUGUUUCUUAAGGAAAUUGUUCUUGAUGGCUUCCUCACUGGCCCCGUCAGUUUUUCCUGUGAAUCCUGGGUUCAUUCCAAGUAUGAUAACCCUGUUAAGAGGGUGUUUUUCUCCAAUAAGUCAUUUUUACCCUCAGAAACACCAGAAGGAUUGCAGAAGCUGAGAGAACAGGAACUGUUACAUUUACGCGGCAAUGGCCAAGGUGAACGCAAAACCUUCGAGCGAAUCUACGAUUACGAUGUCUACAACGACCUCGGAGAUCCCGACAGCGACAUCGAACUCAAACGACCUGUUCUUGGCGGCAACCAACAUCCAUACCCUCGGCGUUGCAGAACCGGAAGACCUCGUUGCCACAAAGAUCCGUUAUCGGAGAAAAGGAGCAACACGGUGUAUGUACCUAGGGAUGAAUGUUUCGCAGAAGUGAAGCAGCUAUCGUUUUCGGCCAAGACAUUGUAUUCAGGGUUGCAUGCUCUGGUGCCGUCACUGAGUACAGCUAUAGUUGACAAGAAUCUUGGGUUUCCUGUGUUUUCAGCCAUUGAUGCCCUUUUCAAUGAAGGGCUCAGCUUGCCUCCUCAGAAAGCCAGAGGACUUCUCAGCGGGCUUUUGCCGAGGCUGGUCAAGUUAAUCCAAGACACUGAGAAUGAUGUUCUCCGUUUCGAGACUCCCGCAACAAUGGACAAGGACAGGUUCUUUUGGUUUAGGGAUGAAGAAUUUGCAAGGCAAACUGUAGCUGGUCUUAACCCAUGUUGCAUCCAAUUGGUCACGGAAUGGCCAAUGAGAAGCAAACUUGACCCUGAAAUUUAUGGCCCUCCGGAAUCAGCAAUUACCACUGAAAUAGUUGAGCGAGAAAUCAGAGGAUUCUUUACGGUGGAAGAGGCCAUAAAACAGAAGAAGCUGUAUGUCCUGGACUACCACGAUUUUUUAUUGCCAUUUGUGGAGCAAGUUAGACAACUUGAAGGCACAACGCUAUACGGGUCAAGGACAUUGUUCGUCCUAACCCACGAUGGCACAUUGAGGCCACUGGCUAUUGAGCUAACUCGGCCACCAAUGGAUGGAAAGCCGCAAUGGAGGGAAGUGUACACACCUUCUUGGCACUCAACUUCCGUUUGGCUUUGGAGGCUUGCCAAAGCUCAUGUCCUUGCACAUGACUCUGGUUACCACCAACUUGUUAGUCACUGGCUACGGACUCAUUGUGCAACAGAACCUUACAUAAUUGCCACAAACAGGCAACUGAGUGCAAUGCAUCCAAUCUACAGGCUGCUGCAUCCACAUUUUAGGUACACAAUGGAGAUCAAUGCUCUUGCUCGUGAGGCAUUGAUAAAUGCCAAUGGAGUAAUAGAGAACAAUUUCACUCCAGGGAACCUCUCCAUCCUUCUAAGUUCAGUUGCCUAUGACCAGCACUGGCAGUUUAACUUGCAAGCUCUCCCUGCUGACCUCAUCCACAGGGGAUUGGCAGAGGAGGACCCAAAUGCUCCUCAUGGCUUAAAGCUAUCCAUAGAAGACUACCCUUAUGCCAAUGAUGGCCUCAUUCUCUGGGAUGCUAUCAAAAGUUGGGUCACUGAUUAUGUGAACCAUUACUACUCAGAGCCAGAAGCGAACACAGGGCCAAGUCUCAUUGAGUCAGACCAAGAACUGCAAGCAUGGUGGGAAGAGAUCAGAACAGUAGGCCAUGGUGACAAAAAGGACGAGCCUUGGUGGCCUGUUCUGAAAACCAAACAAGACCUUAUUGAGAUUGUGACCACCAUUGUGUGGAUAACAUCAGGGCACCAUGCAGCUGUGAACUUCGGACAGUACUCUUAUGCAGGCUAUUUCCCCAACAGACCAACUGUUGCAAGAAACAAUAUGCCAACAGAGGACCCUUCUGACCCUGAAUGGGAACUUUUCUUGGACAAACCAGAGGUGACACUGCUCAAGUGUUUCCCAUCUCAGAUUCAAGCCACAACUAUAAUGGCAGUGUUGGAUAUUUUGUCAAGCCACUCAUCUGAUGAGGAGUAUCUCGGGCAAACUGUGGAGCCAUCAUGGGAACAGGAUCCAAUUAUCAAAGCUUCGUUUGAAAAGUUUCAAGGGAAGUUGAUGGAGCUUGAAGGGAUCAUUGAUUUGAGUAAUGCAGAUAAGAGCCGGAAGAACAGAAAUGGUGCUGGGAUUGUGCCUUAUGAGCUUCUGAAGCCAGUUUCAGAGGCAGGGGUCACAGCAAAGGGAGUUCCAUACAGCAUCUCUAUUUGAACUUGCAUUUAGAAUGUAUGUGGUAUCAUCUUGAUCUUUGAAUGCUCCGUUUUGAACUCCUUGUGACUUGAAUAAAGUGUAUUACAGAACUGUUUAUCAGUUGCUAAAUUGUGAAUUUCUAAAAGAUGUGGUACAAUCCUUUACAUGAGCUCUAUACACAAGCUCUCAUAAAUGGUGAAGUUAGUUUAUCUAACCAACAUUUCUUCAUCAAAUGACAGAAUCAAGAGAUGCGAGAAAUGUUGCUACUUUGUAGUAUCUAACGACCAAUCAUUCCGCCGUUGGGAUAAAGAAACUAAAACAUGGGUGGUUGUCCCACCUAGAGUAUACUCCUAAGCA